AUGUAUAGAAGAUAAAACAUAACAAGAAAACAAAUUGAUCAUUACAGCUAUAUACUAAAUGAGGAAAUCGGAAGAGGUUUUAGCAGCAAAGUUUAUAAGGGAAAGGACGAUGUUUCCCAAGAACCAGUGGCUGUAAAGGUGAUUGAUAUGAAAAUGAUCAAACAAUCAAUUCACUCUUAAUUAUUAAAAAAUGAAAUCAAUGCUCUUCGUUCAUUUAAUAACAAAAAUAUAAUGAAAUUGCAUGAUGUCUUUCAAACCUAGAAUAACACUUAUAUAAUCACAGAAUAUUGCGACUCUGGAGAUCUCAAUAAUUACAUUCGUAAAAAAGGAAGAUUAGAUGAAUAAGAAGCGACAAGAAUAUUAUAAUGCGUCGUUUCAGCAUUGAUAGAAAUGAAUAAAAAAGGUUUUAUUCACAGAGAUAUUAAGCCUGCCAACAUCUUAAUUGAUCACUCAAUACCAAAGUUAGCUGAUUUCGGUUUUGCUGUUCCUGUACAUGAGGCUAGAGUGUAAGGCAGGAAUUUCAAUGUUGGAACUCCUCUAUAUAUGAGUCCAUAAGCUUUGAGAUAGUAGGGACAUACUGAAUAAGGAGAUGUAUGGGCAGUUGGAGUAGUAUUUUAUGAAAUGCUAUUUGGAAGAACUCCUUUUAAUGGUUAAUCAGAAGCAGCAUUGAUUUCUAAUAUAAUGAAUCAGCCUCUUCAUUUACCAUCUCACCCUUAAAUUUCAUCUGCUGCUAAAGAUUUUAUCAGAUAAUGUUUAACUGUUGAUGAUGGUAGAAGAAUGAGAGUCCGCGAUAUGGCUAAUCAUUAACUGUUAAGGCAAUAGAUCAGUCCUUCUUAACCUUAAUAACAAUAAUACCCUCGCUAGUAAUAACAAAGAUAAGCAAUCACUCCUCCUCCAAACGAAUAAUAAUAAUAACAAAGAGUUAAAAGAUCCCUUAGUCAAGGGGGUAAAUAAGAGAUCAGAUAUAGAGAAAACAAAGAAAACUACCAUCAAUAAUAAAAUUAAUAACCUCAGAAACCUACAUAAGUUGAGAACAAUAGAUAACCAUUAUAAACAUAAUAAUAGAAUGUGCAAAGGUCUACUAGUUAAUAAUAAGUUCAAAAACAUUAUAUUAAAUAAAAGACAUAACCUGCUGAAGAUAUAAAACCAAUAGGAAUAAUAAUGGAAUGCAAAGUUAAUAAUGAUAUUUUGUUUACUCAAGUAAAUUUUUGUAGGUUUCUCUAUAAGUUCUCUUCAAGUCUACUUUAAUGUAAAGUAAUUAGCACGGAAGUAAAAGAUAAAUUACUAUUUCUGAUGGGUAAAAAUAUAGCAAUUAAAAUUACAAAACUCAAUUAAAUUACUGAUAAAGAAAAUAAUUAACCAAAUUGCUUACAAUUAGAAGACUUUAUUUCUUACAAAAAAACAGAUUCUUAUUAAAAAUUUACUUAAGCUAUUACUGAAUAUAAUGAAAAAUAUACAAAGUAUUUUGAUAAAUUGUUAAAACUAUGCAGCUCUAAAUCAGAAUUAUAAAAGGAUACAACUUUUGUAUGUCUUUUAAACUAAGAUUUUACAGAGACAGAAACAUUUUAUCGGAUUACAUAAUAGUAUAUUAAACAAAGCCUAAGUGAAAUAAAAAAUUACUUUAGAUAAUAAAAUUUCUAAAAUAUUAAUCUAGAUUCUCCAAUAGCAGAGGAAAUUUAAUUGCCAGGAUAUAUUUUAAAAGGACUCAGCAAUUAUUACCUCUUGCUUCAAAAAGCAAUCGAAUACUUAAAGGAUUAUAGAGGUUUUGCUAGAUACGCACACACAGAAUUAAUGACUGAUAAAUCAUCAGAGGGCCUCUCAUAUGGAAUACUAGAAUAAUUAAUGGUUAGAUUGCUAUGA